AUGUCUAGUAUGGAAGCCAAUUUCAUGCUGCUUCUCCAGAUGAUGCAGCAGAUGGGGGUGACGAUGGAAGACAUGGAGGGACCCGAAUUUGACGAUGACGUCAUGUACAGGCUGGGGCGGCUAGCCACCUGCCACAGGCAGCCCCCGCCGGAAUCACCUAUGCACAAGAAGCUCAAGUCGUUGAAGCCGGGCGACGUUGCUCCCGGUUUCAACUACAACGAGGCAUUUUUUGAGGAGCUGUUUUUCCUUAGUGGCGAGUGGCACUGGUCGGCGAUCUCUGAAGAAAAUCCUCGCAGUAAGGAGAAACUAGAGAAGACCACCCACGUCGAUUGGGAUUUCGUCACCAAGAAGAAGAUAAAACGUAAUGGCGACGAGGAAUUGUUCACAAGAGUGUUCCCCGUAGCACGAAAGCCAGUGCCUCGGGGUAAGAGCUACACUCCUCCCAUGGAAGUGAUUCGGUUAGUGCUUGCCCACGCUGCAGCUCAUCAAUACAGUGUGUGCCAGCUUGACAUUGCCCUCCAUCGCAUCGAAGUAGAGCUCCCGGAAGACUACGAUGUAUACGUCCAUCAUGUGGCGCAUAUGGGGGGUGAGUUGUGGGAAGACGGCGAACCGAUAAUCAAUCGGCUUGUCAAACCGAUACACGGCGUCAAGUACGCGAAUGAACUUUGGUACAACGAUAUCCGCGACUACCUCGUGAAAAAGUUGAAGUUUAGUCAGUUGCACGAUGUCAAUGGCGUAUGGGUGUAUGCUCCUGAAAACUCAAUGAAAGUCAUCGUGAUGUUGAGCGGCGAUGAUAUCAUCAUCUGUGGUAAAACUGAGGCUGACGUCAAGUGGAUUACCUCUAAGUUCAAAGCUGACUACAUCGUGGAGGAGUUAGGGGUUCCUCUGGAGUUCGCUGGAUGCCGGAUAAAAUUCGACUUUGACCAGAGGACUAUCGAGUUGGACUGCCAGCUGAUAAUUGAAUGCCUUGCUAAGAAGUAUUCGAUUGAAUUUGAUCCUUCAGUGACGACAGCCAUGGCCGAAGACUUUGAUACGCAAUGGCAAGAGAUUGGGUCGAAACAAGAACUACUCGGCCCUGCUUAUACGCGAAAGAAAGCUCAAUUCGAACAGCUCACGGAAGAUUUGAAACUGAUCUAUUUGCUGACAAGAUUCGAUAUCGCAUCCCCAUUAACCAAGCUUCUCGGCCUUCGUGACUACGCCAACGACUUCCUCAUCAAGACUGCCUAUAGGGUGUUUCAAUAUCUCGUCAAUACCAGGACGAACAAGUUGACGUUUCGACGCAGAGCCGACACGGAGAGGCGCUUUGUUGGCUAUGCUAAUACCAAUUGUAAUGGCUUUAAUGGGAGGCUGACAUACACUAUUUUCAUUUUCAAGCAUGGGCCUGUUAGUUGGCAAACGGGGGUGGUUCAGAAUCUUGAUUUAGAGUGGACCAAGACGCACGCUCAAGAGCUUCUCGAAACAAAGUAUGACACAUUGUACGUGAUGGACAAUUUUCUCCUAACUGGUCAAACGCCGGUGACCACCGACGACGAUGGGGAAAAGUGA